GAGGAGUCAGGCAACAGGUCGCAUUCUUAUAAACUGGUCAAGCGUCCGUGAUCCUGUCUGCACAAGGAGCUAUGGCAGUCGGCGCAGCACGCCCGGUGCUCAACUUGCUGCGCUUGUCUCGAUUACCAAUAUACACGCAAUUAAACCUGGAGGAAGCACUGCUGCGAGCGACCAAAGAUAACUGGCUAAUCGUGAACGACGGUGCUUUCAGCCCUUCCAUCGUCAUCGGGAUAUCGGGGCGUCCUGCCGAGCUAGUUCACUGUAAAUCAGCAUUGGAGAGUGGCGUGCCCGCUUUGCGGAGAUUCACAGGCGGGGGAACGGUGGUGGUGGACGCAGACACAGUGUUCGCGACCCUGAUCAUGGAGGGCUCGGCUCUGCCUGACGUGGAGUGCUUCCCCCAGCCCAUCAUGAAAUGGACAGAGCAGCUGUACCGACCCGCCUUCGCCGCGGCGGGAUGUAAGGAUUUCGGCCUGCGGGAAAACGACUACAUAGUGGCGGGCGGCCGCAAGGUGGGCGGCAACGCGCAAGCCAUCACCGGCAAGCGAUGGCUGCACCACACCUCCUUCCUGUGGGACUACGACCCGGCGCGCAUGGCGCUGCUGCGGCACCCGCCCAAGGCGCCCAAGUACCGGGAGGGGCGGGGCCACGAUGACUUUGUGACGCGGCUGUGUGAGGUGCUGCACCCGGAGCACGGCCGGCGGCGGCUGGUGGAGAACUUCGGCAUCGCGGCGGCGGAGAUGGGCUUCGCGGUGCAGGAGCGCACACUGGCGGACGCGGCACCCGCGCUGUCCCACCGCCCGCUACUGCUGGGCACCAAGCCGCUGGACCUGCGGGAGUUCCUUCAGUGAACCUGAAUGUGACCUUGUGCCUUAACCUCAACGACACGUGAUAUGUGACUGUCGUGAUGGUGAAGUGAGCAGGCAGGCAGCUGGGAAGCUGCUACGGAUGUGUGGAUAACGUGUGGGUAAGGUGUGGGUAAGGCUUGGGUAAGGUUUGCGUGAAUGAUUACUGAGACGUGAGAGCGUCAGAGCCAGUGAGAGCCUCGUAUGCAGCAGUGACUUUUGUUGCGCAGCGCGGGGGCGCAGCGCGGGGAAUCCAAUCAUGCUGCACCACUGCUAAGCCUAGGCCUGUGAUUUGUGGAGCUGUCAGACCUGCGGGAUUACUCAGCGUUGGCUUUCCAACAGCGUCCCGGUUCUCGCCAAGACUAGGUAUAGACCAAAACCACACGUGCUUGCUUCACGCGGAAACGCGGCGAUGGCAAGAGCCUCGGAUGCUCCCAAUUGGUCGGACAGCCACCUUCUGCUGGCGCGGAUGGCUGUAAUGAGCGAGGGGCCUGGCACUGUGUGAAAGGCCACGAUGAACGGCCCUGACCAGAGGCGGGGGAUAGGUGGGCAUUCCAGUCUGGAAAUGAUCGGUGGCUCGGUUGCAGUGACGGUUGCUGUGUAGCGUUGCGCGGCGUUUAGGGAGCUGUUCGGUUCGUCGGUUGACGGUAUCCGCCUUGGCCCGCGGCGCCGCGGUGCUCAUGUGGCUCGGUUGCAACAAUGUUGCAGUGUACGCGCUGCGCGGGGGUUCCAAUAAGUCAAUAACGCCCUUCAGCCUAGGCCCGUGAUGCUACGUGAUGUGGGGAGCUGUCAGACCGGCGGUUCGCUAGGCCUCUAAUACCGUUCCGGUUAUCCCCUGGGCGUAGACCAAACACACAGUUUCGUUGUGUAGGAACGCGGCGAGUGCGCGAGAGCCUCGGAUGCCCCCGGUCGGCUGGACAGGGACAGUCCGCUGGCGAGGGGGGCUGUAAGCUGCUCGCUCG